CCUGGUUCUUUCCGACGUCCACCUGGCAUGGAUUCUCCGGAGCAGCCUCGCGCCAAGAAACUCUACAUACCAGCUAACUGUGAUCGCAAAGAAAAUGAAAUGUUUUGGGUCAACCUGCAACCUUUUCUCGCUUCCCAAGGAUACAUGCUCCGGCCACGAUAUCACCCGGACUGGAUUCCUUCGUGGAAGUCCAAUCCUCAUCCGCAAGCGGACUUGAAGUCCUAUGAAGACGAGCAUACUAUACAUGGCGGACGCAGAUGGAGAAUUAUAGAUGCAACUCGUGUAUCUGAUGGCAGUAAAGUGGUCAUUAAAGUUGUAUCAUUGUUGUCGGACGAGUUUGAACUCGGAAUUUUGCAAUUUUUCUCGACGGAGGAAGUGCGGAAGGAUCCUCGUAAUAAUACCAUACCGCUUCUCGAUGCAUUCCCAAUUCCCGGUGUGGAGAAUUGGGCUCUAGCGGUCAUGCCCAUGUUUCGUUUCUUUGCAUAUUCGUAUUUUCAUUGUCGGUUGGAAUUUAUUGAGCUGUUCCGACAGCUACUUUCCGGCUUGGAGUUUAUGCAUAGCGAGAACAUCGCUCAUAGAGAUAUCAGUGUCAAUAAUAUCCUCAUGGACCAUCGACGGGUCAUGCCCAAGGGCUAUCACUUCGGCCUCAAACGUAGCCAUGAUGGUGUCGAGUGGAGUUUGCCAACUGAACUCCGUUGCCGCGUCGGACCAGUAGACUACUACUAUAUCGAUUUCGAAUUCUCGGAAUGCUUCCCCGAGGGAAGGGAGAAAGCCCUUGUUUCGGGAAUCGUUGGCCAGCGUGUUCCAGAGAUGAAGAAUUCGCAGGACGUUCUCUACAAUCCGUUCAAGGCAGAUGUCUACCAGCUUGGUAUUGCCAUGAUGAACAUCUUUGAGGGUUAUACUGGCCUUAAUGAUUUCAAGCCUUUGCUGCGGAAGAUGGUCUCGAUUGAUCCCGAUGAGAGACCAACGGCAUCGGAAGCGCUAGUCCAGUUCGAGGCUAUCGUUUCUCGGUCAAGAAAAUCGUCCUUGUACUGGAGGAUAUGGUCAGAUGACUUGUAUGAUCCAUUAGUACCGUGGUUUUGGGUUCGAUUCUUCUAUCAUAUCUUUCCUCCUUGCCGUUCACAUGUUUAGACGCGAUUCAAUUUAUUCUAUGUAGUUAUUAUUUUUAUUCAGCUACUCUGUAAUUCAGCUCCGCAACAUGCGUUCGUAGAGGGUUCUUCUUUUGGAUCGUAA